AUAUACACAAACCAACCAAAAUUUAUUUACAGUUGGAGGGGAAAAAAAAAUACAAACCUCAUAUGGAGUAUUGUGAAGCAGAGCAUGGAUGUAAGAAGCACUCAAAUCACCAGGAAAAGCAAGGUGUUUGCCCUUCUUGUCUUAGAGAAAGAUUAUCUUGUCUUACUCUUUCAUACAAAGAAGCUUCACGGGUUACUUCUUCACUCUAUUUUUGUCCUGCUCAUUACUCUCUGGCUUCAAACCCUGACUCCCCGGCUCGACAUAGUCAUUCCCAUAUGCGGAACAGUUCCGGGGUGAUGGGAAUCAUGGGGAUGUCCUCGUCUUCCGGGGUAAAGCUUGGUGCCUCUAAUGGUUUGAAGAAGAGUAGAUCGAUUGCUUUUGUACCAAGAAACUUGGAUGAGGACGAUGAAGAGACCAAAAAAGGGAAAAAGAAAAAAGGGUUUUGGUCCAAGUUAGUGCAUUUCAAAGGGAAGAAGGACGCUUUCAACAAGUAUGAGAUUAACGAUUGGAAGAGUGAAUUAGUUUCCUAGGAUUCAAUUUCAAUAAAAUUGUGCAUUUCUUUUUCUUUUCCUAUGUUACUUGUUCAUGCGAUAGGAAAGAAUAUUCUAGCUUGAAUCCUGUUGUUAUUGGCAUUUUAUAAAUGCUGGUUCUUUAAUUAAAAAAAAAAAAAAAAAGGCUUAUGCAUCAACUUAAGGUUUUUCAGAUGCUAGAAUUUAUCUUCGAAAGAGAGAUGCUUUUUAAAUUUUUUCACGAAAAGAUUAUAUUAUAUAUCACGUGUAAGAAGCUGAAUGGAAUGCCUAAAUGUUCAAUUCAAAUUACAAUUAGCUGGAAUCAUACAGCCAGGGAAUAAUUAUUUUUCCCAUAUUGUAUUAGUCUGAAAUUUCCUGCUGCUGACCCCAAACAUCUUUCAUACAGGACUGUAAAAAUUCAAUGAGCUCUGUACAUUUCAUAUCACAGUUUCCACGACAGCAACAGGCACAUUUUUUUCCGAAUGAAUUUGAUAUCAUCUUGUAGACUUGGUUUCUGUGUCGUUCUCAUUUUCAUUCUCGUCACUGUGGUCUACUGACGGUCGUUUCAAUCUCUGGAAUAUCUCAUCAAGGGACUCAGAAUCGGAUGAGUUGACAU